AUGGAGCUCCUGGACCUACCAUUAGAUCUCCUCCAUAAGAUUCUAUAUCAUGCGGUCCUAGCACGCCAUGUCAAGAGAGGCUUGAGACUUCGGCUUGUGUGCAAGGUUUUCUCGUAUAAUGUACUUCCAGCUCUAUUCGAAACGCGCCUACUUGAUAGGUUCUAUUCCCACGCGCUAAACAAUGGUGGCAUCGACGGCCCGUGGUAUCUCAAUACUCAUCCUGGCGCAGGAGAGUUAUGGCAUUCAUACCUUGUCUACAGAGUCACAAAUGAAACGGACAGUACUGUUGGCCGCUUCGUGGAGAUUCGUCAGACCGCUCAGCUUAUCUGCGAGGAAACUGGAUGGCACUUGACUUCGACGAUCGACAAGCUCUGCUGGAUUGCGACGGAAUCUCAAGCAAGCCGGCCUACUACCCACGAGCCUACUAUCAAAGUUACUCCAUGCCCAGCACUUAAUGGUCUUGCUGCUGCCGCACAUUUCAAUCUGAUUGCUCUUGCAAACCGAUUACUGCUGGAAGGCGUCUGCCCCACCAGGUACACUCAUCUCUUCCCAUCGCCGAUGGAGCUUGCUGCACGUUCAGGUCACACGGAAAUGAUUCAGCUUUUUCAAGAACAUUUGCCUGAUCAUAGAGAUUGGAAUGAAGGACGGUGGCGAUGGCAUGGGAAGGUCUCUCCGGAUUCAAUUUAUGGGGCUACGAGUCGAGAGGAUAUGAGUAUCAUGCAAUUGGUAUUAUAUCCCCCCUCUCGCGCGAACUCAGAUAGCGCCAACAUUCUAGAUCAGCAGUCAGGACGGUCUGAUUCAAUCUUAAAGGUCAGGGAAUCGCUUCGUUACGCCGCCAACUUUCGAGCAAGAAGCCCUGAUUUUCGGAUGUACAUUAUCAGUCUUCUUGACGAAGAAGCGCGACCUACACACAGAGAUCUCGUUGAAACACUGGUAGUACAUGCUCAAUCUGGAAAUCUGUCUAUGGUGAAGCAUCUCCUUGAUCUAGGCGUGACAGUCGAUGGGGUUUCACGACGUGGGGGCCCCCCUCAGACAGCGCUGAUAGCAGCUUGCCGAGGAUGCCAUGAGGAAGUGGUUGACCUUUUGCUUGGUCAGGGCGCAGACCCCAAUUUCGGAGCUAAGGAUGUUACUUGCAUCACAGCACUUCCUAUGGCGGCCUCUACAGGAAGUCUAGCGAUCGUUCGUAAAUUGCUUGAUCACGGAGCGCAAGUGAACGAAGCUGUAGAAUUCUGGGACGGCUACUAUAGACGAUCGGCAAUAUGGUGGGCUGUUGCAGUUGAGCACACAGCCAUGUUUCAGCUACUGUUGGAGAGAGGAGCCUCUUUGGAGGGCUGGAUUGGGUCCACUGCUCUCGAAAUGGCCUUUGAGCUUGGUAUGGAAUCGAUGGCUAAAACCUUGGAGGGGCUUGGUGUCAAAAUCAUUGAACGAGUCCAUGAUUCCGGACAAGCGCCUUGGAAAAGAUGGUCAUACUAUCACGGAAUAUACACAUCUGGGGAUCUAAAGGUAUGGGAUUGGUGA